AUGGGACAUCAGCGUUUGGGCACCAACGGCGCCUGCGCCCAUCUGCCGCUGCCUAGUAUCACGACCGUUCUGCAGCGUUACGUGGAGUUCGUGGAGCCGCUCGAUGGGGUUGAAAACAAGCAGGCGAGUAUUGAUUUUAUUCGCAAGGUUCUUGGGUGUCUGCAGACGACGGAAGGUAACACGCGAUCAGAAGUGCACGAUGCCUCUGCCUAUUUUCGCUUAUUGGAGUCGUUGGCGCAAAAAUACAAACACUUCUGCAACGCCUCACUGCGCACAUCGCACAUGGCGCCUCUUUGGAAUGCAAUGUACCUUGGCAACAGAGAUCCGCUGCCAUUCGGGUGGAAUUACAUGUUGCAUCUCGAAGGGCCAUCUCUUGAGCGUUCUUGCCGUGAGUUGAAUGUCUCUCCACAAGCUUUACGUGCAGCGAUCAUUGGAGCAGCGUCAUUUCACGUCCGUCGCUUGGUGAAUCAGCCACUCUUCUUCACACCUGAGGCACAGAAACAUCUACCAAAGUCAUUCCGAGUAGAUUUGACUUUGUGUCGUGAUCAGUUUACUCGUUUGUUUCGAACCGUUCGCAUACCGCAUGAGGGGAUGGACGGGCUGCGCUGGUCUUGCACAGAGAAUGUCCUUCUUCUCUCUAAGGGUCAUCUGUACAUCUUGAGGUGGUUGCGCUUCAAUGUACCAGAGGAUAUGGAAGGCUUGGGCCCAUGCUGGCUAGAGGAGGUUAUAGCCAACGCCCGUCUUAUCGAUGCUGUCAUCUCUGAAACGUCAUCUUUGGCUGCAAAAGAGGACAGCCCGCUGGUAUUGGCUAGUGGGUGUCGUAGGAAUUGGGCCCGCGUGUUUGACGAACUCUGGAAUGAACCGACUUCAAAGGUAGCUUUGGCAGAUAUCACGUCGUGCAGUUUUGCUCUGGCGCUUGACAGCGAGGUAGAUAUCCGGUUAGGCCUGCACGGGGGUAAGCACCCAGAGAACCGCUAUCCCGAUAUGAACGUGGUGUACACAGUGAACCCAGCCGGUGAUGCCUGCUGUAACAUGGAACAUUCGUGGGGUGACGGCAGUUCCAUGACGGUUGUCUCUAGCAGCAUCUACUACUAUGCGGCAUCUCUUUGUAAGGAACACAUCACCCCCCAGAAGCUGGAGGAGAUGCGUGUGCUAGACCAUGUGGCACAUGUAAAGGCGGUGUCAUUCGGACCAUUAUCCAGCAGUGCCCUCCAUGCUAUCGCUGAGGCACGGCGGGUGCAUCUUCAGCAAGUGGACCAGGUCGAUAUGACAGAGAGAUGCAUUCGUGCUUUCGGAACGAAUGAGAUUAAAAAGCAUUGCCGCGUGAGCCCCGACUCCUUCAUGCACGCCGCAUUCCACCUUGCCCAGCGGCGUCUCUUUGGAGAUCAGCGAUCAACGUACUGUGCUCUCUUGAUGAAGAAGUACCACCAUGGACGUACCGAGACACUGCGUACCGUGACACUCGCCACCCAAGCGCUGGCGGACGCUGUGCAGUCGCUUCCUAAUACUCAUACAUUUAGCCCAAAGGUUGCUGAGGCGUUGCAGAAUGUGAGUAAGGAGCACCGACGGCGGAUUUUGAGUUGCCGCGAAGGACAAGGUUUCCAUCGGACGGCCACCCUCCUGCGCCGCCUACACAAUGAGGUUCGGGAACGGCUUCAAUACGGUGAGUCAUCACACUUUUCUUUUGACAUUGCUCAAGCUUCUGCAGCCGUUGAUGCGUUUUUUUUUACAUCUCCCGCAUACCGAGAACUUACCAGCGAUUAUCUCUCAACCUCGAACAUCACCGCCGUUGGUAUCGCAUCCUUCGCUUUCACGGUGACACACCCAGACGGUGUUGGCAUUGGCUAUUCUUUAUUCUCCGACCACCUUGCGUUCACAAGCUCGUCGAGCAAGGCUUUUGCGCGGCCGCUAAGGGGCAGUGCCAGCGGCGGCGCAAGUAAAGAGGAGAGUGUCUGUGUGGCCUACGCGGACACGCUUGAGCGGGCAGUUCGUGACCUUUACCGCCUCACCGCCUCACCGCUGCAGUCAAAACUGUAA